AUGUUGAUGUAUGUAUGUAGUUGGAGAGAUGAUAUGCUGGAAAACGAGUCAGACGAAGAUAUAGAGCAUCAAAUUGAAUUUGAGUUUGCCAUACCGCGGAAAAACAACGUGAGAGACUUUGCGGAAGUACACAAUGACAUUGCAUCUUUGUUAAAUUUAUCGGCCCGAGAUGAGUUUUUGCAAUUUGUAUUCAAGACCAUUGUGACGCUAUGUGACCCAUAUACACAACCAGAGGAAACCGAGAAAUGUAUAUUGAGUGUUGGGUGUAUUUCGGAUUUGUUAAUUUCGAUUGUUUAUACAUCGUAUACUGAGUUGAACGUUGGUGCUUCUGAUUUGGUGACUGAAUCGAUCAAGUUUGAAAUAUCCACCACUUUUUUCCAUUUACUUCAAUUGAUACAUACGAAACUAAACGUCACUGAUGAAAUACGGUUACGAUUUGUUGACAAUGGAGAGGAAAAUUGGCAAAGCCGUGUUAAGGAAUGGACACCCGUUGUAGCCAACACAUUUACUCUCGGUUUAUUGUACUCAAUGGCGUGUGUACUUGUUAUGUCUAUUCAAAAGUUAUUCACGCCGAAAAGGGGUGACUAUAAUCUUGCAAUGAACCCUUAUUUGCAUUAUUUUUUAAAACUCUGGAAAAGCCAUACCAAUGUUAUUUUACUUGGACUUGAAAUUGAUCGCAGAAUUGAAUUCGAAAAUCACGAAAGAAACGAAGAAAAAGAAACACCAGAAAUUAUUGUAUCUGCAUUAAAGGGUUCAAGCUCAAUAAGGUACGUUCUUGCAUGGGUAAUCAAUCAAAAUCCAUCGCUGUCUAGUGAAGAAGACUCCAGUGUACAAGAGAGUAAACUAUGUCAUGAUUUGGAGAAUGAGCCUAUAUUCAAUUUUAUCCAGCCUUUAGCGAGAAAGACCAUAAAUGGGGGUGCUAUUCUGGUAGAUAUGAGGCUCAUCACUAUCGGCUUAUUGAUUUUAUAUUCAGGCACUUCGUUUGUUAGUGAAAGUUAUACGGAAAAGAGGGAGGAGCAAGAGAAGGAGAAGGACGAGAGGGAGGAAAAAGAUGAGUCAGAAUCUAAGGUACAAAGACAAAUCAAUAGAUCAAAACCUUUAGCUGAAAUAGGAGACUUAUUAGUGGAUCUAGAAUAUGCUGAUAGGUUUGAUGAAGAUAUCAAAUACAUGUUGGAAUACGAUCUUGAUGACGAUGACGAUGACGAUGACGGUGACGAUGACAAUGAAGAUGAAGAUGAGGAUGAAGAAGGCGCAGAUGAUGAAAGUACAUGCAACAAAACCAGUCACGAAGAGAAAUCUCUUGCCGUUGGUGAUGGGCAUGAUUCCGAUACGGAACAAGCAUUAUCAAAUGAGAAUGUUGAUAUACAGUUUGAUGAAUUUGGACGUGAUUGGAGGGAUAUACCGCGGGGCGAAAAUGCCAAAUUCAAGCAACAUUUUCUAGAUAAAUUCAAGGAAUACGAUGUGUUGUCUAAUAAGAGUGAUUCCGAUGAUUUCUUUACUUCUUGGAAAGAGUUACACGAUGUUUUUGACUUUCUUUGCGUAACGAGCAUCGAAGGAAAUGCCGAUGCUGAGAGGCUUUUAGGACAAACGGCAGUAAACACUAUAGCCAAGUGUGUGAUGGAAUAUAAAAAAUCCAACAAAGGUGAGAAAUUGGGUAACGUGGAGGAUGUGAUGCCGGAAGUGAUUCACUCGUAUUGGUCAUCUCCUGCUCCAGAGGAGUUUGUGAAAGUUGUACAAGAGAGUAACAAAUCAAUUAUUCCAAUUUUCAGCAUUACACAUUUCGAACUUAUAUUCCAAACUAACUCGAGACUUGCGAGAGCAAUGAUGGAUGAAAUGUUGAUGUGCGAGGGUCAUAGAAGGAUGCUAAUAUGGUAUCUAACACAUGAAGUGAACCUUUCAAAUCUUCUCAUUGAUUAUGUUUUCCAGCUAGCAGCUGGGCUUCGGGGACGACCUGAAAAUAGUGCACCGUAUGAAUUUUCGAGACAAGGAGAUUCGCUUAUCUUAAGUGAAGUCGAGCUACUGAUGUUGCUUAAUGAAUUUUUCACUAAUAGCGCCUUUUAUUUAUCAGCAGAUAAAGGCUUGGAAAUAGAUGGCGGGUAUGAAGUGAUUUUGGCUGAGUCAAUUGCCAAAAAAAUUAUGACCCUUCUUUGUCUUAUGAUCAAUCAGUUAGUAAAGCUCAAAAUUAUCAGGUUGGAAGCCUCCUCUGGAAAAGAUGACAUUCAUGAUUAUAACGCUGAAUUACUGCUGCUUUUGAUUCGUUGGAUAGGGAAAGUUCCAGAUGCUAGACAAUUGUAUUUUAAAAUAAAAAAUGCAAAUAACGAACCAUUACAAGUGGAAACGGCGAAUCGACUUGCCAGUGAAGCUAUUUCUCUUGAAGACGAACGAAAAUUAUUUGCCAUAUAUGAAGAUAUGAGUUCAGAAAGUAUAAGUGAUGAUUUGGAUUCAAACGCGCGUCACAAAAACAUACUUGCCUCAUUCACCAAACGAAUGGAAUCAAAUUUGUCAAUUGUUCUCGGUAAAGAAAGAGAAGGACUGAAGGAUUUGGAACGCAUAGAGCGAGAUUUUCGAUUUUUCUUUGAUAAUUUCAAUUUGUUUGGUAAAAUUGAAAACUUUGUUGAAGCCUUAUUUAGACGGUUUGAAGCGGUCAUCACAUCUGGUGAUCCUGCAGCAGGUGUUGAAACGACAUUCAUUUCAUCAAAGGCCAAUGAAGAGAAAGCAGAUACAGAAGCUGAGUUCAGCUUUGAUUUCCUCAAUGGAGAAGGACAAUUUGAAGAAAGACCUACAAAGGAAAAGCCAAUGAUGCAGAAAUCCAAGUCAAGGAAAACAUAG